AUCUAUGCAGAUAUUUGUGAUGAUGCAAUGUCGGAAUCUCACACACUGAUACUUUGAUUCAGGCUGCAACUGCGUCCACCAUUCAAAGGUUGAUGUAAUAGAAACAUCCAAAUAACAAAUAUCGAAGCUGUAAGCUAUUAAUGACUGUCGCACGGAAAUGUUCUUGACGAAAUUCUGACAAAUCUGGGGCAAAAACGUAUUUUCCUUGACUAACUGGCCAUGAUGAUAACCUCAGAUUAACAUCAAAUAUAUUUGUUUAUGAGGUUUAUGUGGAAAAUGCCCCUUCCAUAUCGAUUUUGGAAACAGUCAAUCGCCUGGCAAAGUGGGUAACAAGAUGGCGCCCUCUCCUGUCAGUGUCUGCACUUUGUUUUGUUUUCGAGGGCUUCGAUUGCACUUGUUUGCGUUCAUGUGCUUCAGCUGUGGAGCCAGCUGGACACACCGGCGGUCAACAUGCUAGCAGGCUAAAUGCUAUGAGGUCACCUGGACUGGAGAACUUUUUCUCCGAAGGUUCAAAACUUUAUUUCUACUCGUUAGCUUAAUAUGCCUUAAACUUGGAAGCUUCAUGUGAAUAGGCCACAGGCUAGCAGACUAAACGUCUUGAAUAUUUGCAUUUUUGUUUAGGCAACAGGUUAAAGGCUAUCGGUGCGUUCUGUAAGUGUUCUUGUUCACAUUUUCUUUUUGUUUUUUUCACCGGGGAGGAAUAAGUGGAAAAGGAGGUAAAUGAAGGACUCGGAAGAAAAAUCCGCAUGUGUAAAUUUAUAGAAUUUGACAGGGGGAAAGGGAUGAUGAUGAUGAUGAUGAUGGAGGGCGGAACACAUUGUUAGCAUUCGAAAAAUGGCUUCUUCCAUUUCAGAAAAGACGGCAGCAUAAGAAAAAAAAGGUGGAGAGAGAAAGUGUAAUUUCCUGAUAGUGUGGUAGCUGGUUGCCAAGGCAACAGCUUAAAGCAAAAGAAAAAUGUUCUGUGGCGAUAGCACAGCACAGGAAAAAAAACUCAAGUUAUGACUUAAUUUCAAUGUCCAUGCUUUGCUUUGAAGGGAACGUCGACCUUUCCAACAUGGCCGCCACGGAGGCACCUGGGCUGCUCGUCUUCAAUAUACUCCGAAAGGCUCCACAUAUUUGCAGAAAGCACAAGAUGACACGAAAGCACCACUUUUGUCAAAAUGAAACUCCUCAACAUUGCAUCUUGAUGUCACGAUGGCGCCAAAAAAAACCUUUUAUUGCUUUGGCCUGAGCUUCAAAACAGCAAUUAGGUCACUUGAGGAAUAAAGGCUGGCGAGUUGUAUCGCAUGGUGACAUGAGUCACACAAGAAAUCAAAAAGUCAUCAGGGAAGAAUAACAACAUGCGGCACAGCGUCAUCAAUCACGGCUCUAUUGUUUAACACCUGCUCAACGUGUCUAUCGACGGAGAGGUGUCACUACUUCCAGAAACCCGCAGAGGGCGCAGUGGAUCCAAUCCACGCCCAACGAGUUGGAUUGGUUCAGUUCAGUUCGAGUCGGUUGACAAUAGCGAAAUAACAGAGAACUUGAUUUCUUUUGACCGAUGACAAUCCCUCAAAUAGAAAUUGAAUUCACACCGCUGCUUUCUCGUUGCCAGGUUUUUCUGUUGUCGUCCUCCAGCUUUCCGAACGGGAUGAAUGCCGCAUGUAUUCUUUUUUUUUUUUUUUUUUUUUUUUUUUUUCCUGGAGCUUUGCUUCUGUUCUUGUUCCUAUUUGCUUUAGCGUCUUGUGGAAAAGGAAACAAGAUGGAUUUGUAUUCCCAUUCCUUUCUCCGUUUUUUGACAUCUCAUGGAUUUUUGCGGAAAUGUCCAUUAACAGUUUUCAGUCGACACAAUUCUGAGAUGGAAUAUAUAUUUGAAAAAUGAAAUGAAGUCAAAGAUACAUGACAUCAGUCUUGGUGUAACAGUCUUUGGUGUUUUUUUUCUUUUUCUUUUAAAUGUGGAUGGAACAACAUGCAUUGUGUAAUCUAUUCAAGUUAAUUAUUUUUUUUUAAUAAUUCCUGAUAAACGUAUUUGAUAUUUGGCACAGUCUCGCGAGAAUACAGAUCAUAAUUCAAAAACGGAGGGAACUCAUAGCUGUGACUACUUCCAGCAGCCCGCAGGGGGCGCAAAUGAUCCACGCCCACCAAGUCGCUAGCAGCCACGGAAGAAGAAACUCAACGACAAAGUUGCGAAGGGGAGCUUUUGCUGCUUGAAAGGAAGCCGCUCGAGGGAACAUCCUGGCCACACCAAGUUGUCGUCCCUGCUGACAAAUGCACCGGAAACACAGAGUAGUUUGGGAGCAGCAAAGCAUACGAAGGCAUAUUUGUGCCAGCACUUUGCUCCGAUAGCACCGAAAGCAGCAAGCGGGCGCAUUUCGCCUGAAUUCGAAACAUCUGCUGCGGGCGGGGCUAACGCUCGAGUGGGGGCGUGGCGUUGCAGGCUCCCCGCCCCCUCGCCCCGUGCCGCCGCGCAGAAGGAGCGCGCGCGCGCUCGCUCGUCUCCGUCGCAGGCUCGCGUAGACGUCGACAGGCUGAGGACGCGCGCAGGCAUGUCACAACCCUCCUUCCUCCUCCUCAUCCUCGCCCCCGCUGCCAUGAUGCUGGAUUUUCGUUACCAUAGCAACGGCGAGGUAGCGAGUUACCUCCUCCGGGUCAACGCCUCCAACCCGAACAUAGCGCACCUGUACAGCAUCGGACGCUCGGUCGCAGGUCAACAGCUGUGGGUGUUGGCUUUGGGUUUGAGCCCCCGCCAUCACACUGUUGGCAUCCCUGAGUUCAAGUAUGUGGCAAACAUGCACGGAAAUGAGGUUCUGGGCCGCGAGCUGCUUCUCCAGCUAGUGGAUGACCUGGUGCGUGGUUACCGUGGCAACGAGACCUGGUCCAUACAGAUACUGAACAGCACGCGCAUCCACUUCCUGCCAACCAUGAACCCGGACGGAUUUGACCAGGCUGACACCAACUGUCACCUCAGCCAGGGAAGGUUCAACCGUAACGGAGUGGACCUGAACAGGAAUUUCCCGGAUGCCUUCGCCGGCCUGCGGGGGCAGGCCGACGUGGACGCCGCCAGCAGAGAGGCUGAGGUCACACGUUUGUUUAACUCCGUCUUUGUCCAGGCUGUGAUUGGCUGGUUGAAGACGGAGACGUUCGUCCUCUCGGCCAACCUCCACGGCGGCGCCCUGGUGGCCAGCUACGCUUACGACAACAGUAACGGCGGCGGCGAGCUGGUGGGCCAGGCGAGCCUCACGCCCGACGACGACGUCUUCAUUCACCUGGCCAAGGUGUACUCGCGCAACCACGCCAACAUGCACCAGGGGGGGCGCUGUGGAGACCAGGGACCCUUUAAGGAGGGCAUCACCAACGGAUACCAGUGGUACCCGCUCACAGGCGGCAUGCAGGACUACAACUACGUGUGGGCUCAGUGUCUGGAGGUGACCUUGGAGGUGUCCUGCUGCAAGUUCCCCCCCGCCCACCAACUUCCUGUCCUGUGGACGCACAACAGGAAGAGCCUCCUGGCCUUCGUCCGCCAGGUCCACUUGGGGGUCAAAGGGCGCGUGUUGGACGAGUCGGGAGCGACGGUGCAGAACGCCGUGGUGGAGGUGGCCGGCCGCCGCAACGUGUGUCCUUUCAGGACGGACAAACACGGCGAAUACUACAGACUGCUGCUGCCGGGGAAAUACACGUUCACGGUGACGCAUCCCGGUCACGAGCUUCUGACCGAGACUUUUUCCGUCCCGUACGGCCCGGACCGAAACACCGCCCUGACGCGUGACUUCCUGUUGCGUCGUGUCGCCGCGGCAACGGACGACCCCGUCCCUAUCCUCUCGUCCGCGUCCUCUUGGUCUUCGGCGCCCGACGGCUCGUCCACGUGUGCGCUCGCCGCGCUCUGGACGGCGCUGGCGUUCGAGACCCUCACUGGCUGACGCGCAAGGUGGGACUCAACACCGCGGGAACGACGACAAACUUGACGUUAGAAGCCACCUGGUGAACAAGUACUCGUAGCCGUACGCCGCCUUGCAGUUGAGCCAAACCACGUGACGAGCGCUACGAGCGAUCCAGUCUCCCACCAGACGCAAGAUGGCGCUCACGCACGCCUCCUGCGGGCACACGCGUGAAUGACAUCACGGUGCGAAGAAGAAAAACAACAAGGCGAACAUUUCCGUCGUUCUAUCGAGUUUCCCAAAGCUCGUGUUGAUGCGUCUGCCUGCAACUAACGAUUAUUUUCAUACUCAAUUAAUCAGUCAAUUAUUGCUUCGAUGAAUCAAUGAGUCAAAUACAAUCACAUUUUUUACAUUUCCAUCCCUUUCACCCAAAACAAAAAUUGAUGAUUCAUUUUGGUCCACAACAUCGAAAAUUGCAAAAAUGUUGCUUGUUUUCCAAAGUCAAAGCAGCUGUUUGCAAAUGUCUUCUUUUGAAGUUGGACGAGAUCUCGAAAUGAUGACUCGAUGAGCUGUGAGUUAAUGAUCAUGAAAAGUCCCAUCUAUUAUUAGGAUGAUGUGGAAAAUUCUAAAAUCGUUUUUUUAUUCCAUUUCUGUCUUUUUCACUAUCAAAUGUGAUUAUUGUACUUUGUAUGAAGCCAAUAAACAACAAAGGGGA